CCGGGACUCCUCCUCCCAGACGUCCCUGCGCGUCGUCCUCCUCGCCCUCCAGGCCGCCCGCGCCGCGCCGGAGUCCGCCGCCCGCCCGCCACCCGCUUCCUGCCGCCCGUCGCUGCCAUGCUGCCCGCCGCGCUGCUCCGCCGCCCGGCACUUGGCCGCCUCGUCCGUCAGGCCCGUGCCUAUGCCGAGGCCGCCGCCGCCCCGGCUGCCGCCGCCGGCCCCAACCAGAUGUCCUUCACCUUCGCCUCCCCAACGCAGGUGUUCUUCAACGGUGCCAACGUCCGGCAGGUGGACGUGCCCACGCUGACCGGAGCCUUCGGCAUCCUGGCGGCCCACGUGCCCACGCUGCAGGUCCUGCGGCCGGGGCUGGUUGUGGUGCAUGCAGAGGACGGCACCACCUCCAAAUACUUCGUGAGCAGUGGUUCCAUCGCAGUGAACGCCGACUCUUCCGUGCAGUUAUUGGCAGAAGAGGCAGUGACGCUGGACAUGUUGGACCUGGGGGCAGCCAAGGCGAACUUGGAGAAGGCCCAGGCAGAGCUGUUGGGGGCAGCUGACGAGGCCACUCGGGCAGAGAUCCAGAUCCGAAUUGAGGCCAAUGAGGCCUUGGUGAAGGCCCUGGAGUAGGCGGUGCGUACCCCGUGUCCCGAGGCCCGGCUAGGGGCUGGGCAGGGGUGCCAGGUGGGCCCAGGCAGCUCCUGGGGUCCCGGCCACCUGGGGAAGCCGUGCCUGUCAAGGAGGCCACCAGAGGGCAGUGCAGGCUUCUGCCUGGGCUCCAGGCCCUGCUUGUUUAAAGCCCUGGGGACUGGGGCAGAGACAGACGAUCCUCCUCAGCUUUGAGCUGUGGCUGCCACCCAUGGGGCUCUCCUUCCACCUCUCAAGAUCCCCCCAGCCUGAUGGGUCGCAUACCAUCCCCUCUGCCCUGCAGAGCCAGCCACCAAGGUCCACCUCAGCUUUGGAGCCACCUCUCUGGAUGAGCUGCCCCCAGCCCCCGCCCCAUUAAAGACCGGGAAGCCUGA